CAUUCUACCAAGUGCCCGUUAGAAUCUGGGGUAUGUAACGUUCCGCUUCCCGUCGCGGUGCACGGGCGGUGCUAGGAAACCGUUAUUUGUCUCAUCCGACCCCCGGUGAACAUCGUCACAAGCGAUGUGUCAUUCUCCACAGAUCCUGUUGAUCACGAACCCGGUUCCCGCUUGGCAUGUAGUUCCACGCUCGGAUGGAGUAUGACUUCGACGACAUCGAAUACCAUUUCUACUCGGUCGUAGAACAGAAAAAUACAGUCCCUUUCCCAAGCAUCAUUUAUUUAUAUUUAAAUCGUUUUUUUGAAUAGUUAGGCCAUGUUUAUUAAAGGAGGUAAAAUGUCUCUCGUCGCCAUGGCUUUGCCGGUGCUGGUCAUCCUUCUCUCCGCCUGGCAGGCGAGUGCUAACGAGGACUGCCUGUGGUAUGUGGACAAGAAUGGCACGUGGCACAACGGCUUCGACUGCCCGCUCAUCACCUUCUGCUGUGGGAACUGCCACCGGCGCUACUGCUGCCUGGACGCCUUCAAGAUGAUCACGGAGAGGGAGCAGAAGAGAUGCAUGCUCUUCCAGUUCAGCCCCACCACCAUCGCGGGCAUCGCCUCGUCCAUCCUGCUGUUCGUGGCCGUCAUCGCCACCAUGGUGUGCUGCUUCCUCUGCUCCUGCUGCUACCUGUACCAGCGCCGUCAGCCUCGGGGACGGACGCCCUACGAUGCCCACCAGAUCCCCAUGGCCAGCUACCCGGUGGAGCCCCUGUACGAUGCCUACGGCAAGCCCCUGGUCAUGCGGCCCGACUACACACACCAUGGAUACCCAAUGGCCCCUCAGUACCCCGGCAUGGCCCAGCCGUAUCCCAUGAUGCACCCUGGGCCCUACCCUCCGUAUCCAGUUGCAGACCCUGGUUACAACCAAGGAGCUCCCCCGCCUUACUCUCCCCCCCAGUACCCUGGGCACUGACGGGAAGGCCUCCACGCGACGAGGCCCGAGAGAGGAAGAGGAGGGACUGCACCUGAAGGCGUUAGCUCUGUGUGUCCGGUGGGCUGGGUCUGAGGAGGUUAACCACAAGCAACAAUUGUGGUUAAACAAUCCAUGUUUUAUUUUGAUGUUCUUCAGAGAGAGCUGCGCGUCGGUUAAAUGACUCCCUCGGACGUUUGGUUCAUACUGACUCUUUCAUGUGGAUAUCGGAACACUCACCAACCUACACACACACACCCCGACCCACACACACUCACCAAACUACACACACCGACCCAUACACACACAGACACACACAAACACCCCAGGUAUCCUAAGUGAGUGAGCCAGCAGCAUUACAUCACCAACAGGGGGCUCCAAGGUACAGCUUCUAGCUGUCUCACUCGACACCUCCCUCAACACAAUGUGACAGCCUCAUAAAAUGUGACUAUUUAUCUUUUUGUUCGUUUACACCUGAGUGGUGGUGAAGGACAGGAGUUAAGACGUGUAGGUGUGUGAUGUCACAGUGGCAUUGUGUGUCACAUCACCAUGGAGAUGGAAUAUGAUGCAUAGUCUCUGUAGACAGUACCUCCCUCAUGCCACACACAAUAUAAAUACAUGUACCUUUCAGCUUGCAAUACUCACUGCAAGUUAACACACUGAGGUAAGCGACUUAGCUCAGCUUAGUCUGUACGUUGUAACAAACCGCCAUUAACUUUAAUCGUGAAACCAAGGUCAGGAGCAUCUCUUGAUAUCUUUGUCAGGUAGCUCUGUCAUUGUGUCUAGCUGUCAUAAGGAAGUUUAUUCUCCGAAUACAUGACCUCAUUUCCUGUCUCAAACCAAUGGCUGUCCCAUUUUACAGAGCAUAUCCUGCCUUAUCUCAUUGUGGAAACCCUUUUCACCUAUUUUGUAAAGGAAUACAGAUUAAUGUUUUACUAUAUUGUAAGAGUUUACAAUUUUAACAAUAUUAAAAUUGUUGAAAUGUUGGAAUACUGGAAUACGUUUCAGAACUUUACCACAACCAUAAAAACUUUAUUUAGAACUUAAGUUUGCUGUUAUGACUGUUUAGACUCAUUGUUGCAACUGCAAGCUAACUUUGUAAGAAGUUUGAAUUCUUCUGUGUUCAGCAUGUGUUGUACAGUAGUUACUUCUUGUAGGUGACCUGAGAAGCACUUUUUUCUGAUUCUGAUACUUUAUAGUGCAAUGUGUUGCAAAAGGUUCAAGUCUGGUCAACUGAGAUUACACUGAUGUUUAAAGGGAUUCCGAGAGCUGUUCAAAGAGAUUUUAAAUAAAAUAAUGAUGUUCUGAAUCAGUUCUACAGUCCUUACAGGCAACCACGGUAUGUUUUUAAGCACAAAUUGGUUCAGCAGUGAAAGAGCUAUCUUUGUAAAAUUUUACGGCUGUAGUCCUGAACUUGAAUUGGUCAUGUUAACUGUCCAUAUGUACAGAAUUAUGAUCCCUGUAUGUACAGUAUAAGAAGUUGAAAACUGGAAUUUUUUGAACUGCUGACAGAUUUGAACAUAUAUUUGCUCAAAUGUUUUUCUUUCAACUAAAGAUCUAUCUCAUAACAGGAUAUAACUGUUUUUGGAACUGGUUUCAUGGUUGUCUGUCAUCGGCUGGUUAGUAUGACGCUGUAAUAUAUAGUAUGUGAAGUCUUCUUUUCUAAUAACAAUAAAGUAUAACUUUGGAAU